AUGGCAAUACGCUCACCGUCGCAGCUCUUCCGUGUGGCUAUGAUUUUAGCUCUUUGUGCGACUCCCCUUCUUCUUCUUUUUUUGUGGCCCACUUAUUUUUCGUUGCUGAAGAGUGUUUCCUCUUGUAACCAUUUAGAGUACUUAUAUGGUAUUAUUUUCGAUGCUGGCAGCUCCGGAAGCAGAAUUCAUGUAUAUAAAUUUCAAAAAGAAGAUUCUUUCUUAUCACUGAAAGAAGAAUUUUAUAAGGAAGUGGAGCCUGGUCUUUCUUCUUAUAAUUCCGCUGUGGAUGCUGCUGACUCUCUGUUACCUUUACUCGACUGUGCUAAAGCCUUCAUUCCUGAAAAAUAUCAAAGGGAAACUCCUCUUCUACUUAAGGCUACGGCAGGUUUGCGCCAAAUUGGAGAAGAAGAAGCCCAGAAAAUUUUAGAUGAGGUUCGUAACCUCUUUCGUAAGCAACCUUUUUCUUUCUCAGACGAGAACAAUCAAGUUUCUAUAUUAGACGGUGGAGAUGAAGGACUUUUUGCUUGGGUCACCGUUAAUUAUUUGGAGGGCUUUCUUGGACAAUCCAGCGAGCCCACCUGCGGAAUUCUCGACCUUGGCGGCGGUUCUACUCAGAUCGCAUUUGCAGUGGAGCCUACUAUUUCUAAGGGUUUGGGGGGCCGUGUUAAGCAGCAUCGCUUUGGCAAUCAAACGUACGCUGUAUACACUCACAGCAUCCCAGGAUACGGGCUUUAUUCUGCCCGUAAAGCUGUACUUUUAAAUGCCAAUUCUUCAGGCGUUUGCGUGCUUCCAUACUAUAAAGGUGUGUGGGAAAAUGUAACCGUCAUGGGCGGAAAAGAUGUUCUUGGCAACAAUGAGAAAUGUGAGCAGUUUAUAGUUUCUUCCUUUUUUCAAACAAAAGAGGAAUGCGUAAACCAAGACCCGUUGUACAGAUGCCUGGUAGACGGCGCACUCCAACCAGUGCUUACCAACAGACGUUUUCAUGCCUUUUCGUUUUACUAUGAUCGAGCCGCUGAUCUCAGGUUGCUAAAGGAUCACCGUACCAUGUUAGCCCCUCGGGCUUAUAAGGAUGCUGCAGAGAAGGUGUGCGGCUUGAAGGAGGAUGCAGUCAAGUCGACCUACACCGUCCUUAAAGAGGGGGACGCCCGAUUUCUGUGCUUAGACAACUUGUAUAUAUACGCUCUCCUGUCUCACUUGGGGUUUUCUGACGACCAGCAGUUGCACAUUACCCGGAAACUCAACGGCUUCGAGACCGGUUGGUGCCUAGGCGCGAUGGUGCACUACUUAAUUAGUCUGGAGUGACGGUUUCUUUUCUUCAAGCUUUGAUUAAAAUACAAAUUAGCGGAUCGCUUAUUUACUGUAAAGCUUUCUGGAGCUUUUAAGGGGGGAUGUAAAGGAGGUGAGAAUGCGGGCUAUGGGACUUUUAACCUAAUGAA